AUGAUAACGGUUCUGGUAACAGCGUUCAAGUUGCCACCAAUUUCUGAUGAUUUAGAAGUGUCAACUGCCAUGAGGUUAAUGAUUCCUCCAAUAUCCCGCGCUGUGGAACUAUCCUCUUCGGAGUCCCCAAUUUCCUCUUCCUCCUUGGUCAACUCGUCUUUCUUCUCGGCUGCAGACAGCUUUCUUUUCAAGGCUUUGGCGUAA